CAAAAAACCAGGGCAUCGUGUCCGUUUGAAGUAAACCAUUGGUACGCUUCAUAUAUCCGGUUUGCGGAGUAUUCUCCUGUUAUGUCAUUGAAGGCGAUGUUUUCUGCAUCACAAAGAACCAAUCGUCGGUUUUCCGGUGGUAUGUUCAAAUCAGUAAUCGCCAGGCUCGUAGGGUUGUAGUCACUUGAUACGACAGUAUUACGCGACACACCAGGACGGUUCGUAGCGGAACGCUUUCUAGCUUUCGUUGGUGAUUUUGAAUGUUUCAAAGAAGUCGUUUGCCUAUUUUUUCGCUUUCUGAUUUUUUUUAUAUCAUCACGGGCAGAGGAUUUGCGGGACGUUGCCAUAGUGUAGAAUUUUCUGCGAAGGUUUGAUGAUUUAAAUUUUUAUCCGAAAAAUUAACCGCAAGUUUAACAAAAGCACGUCCUAGAAGCAGGAUGUAUGAACCAAAACUGAAUUAUCUAGAUGAUGACAAUCGUCCAUAAAGGUUACUUCGAUAAAGAUCAUUCAGACAAAAAUGAAAUAUUAAACUUUAUGUAUCGAAAUUUUAGACGAGCUUUUUUUAUGUAAGUUUAAGACAUCGUUGCUGGUUGUGAGACAUGUUUGAAUAAAUAAAUAAAAUUUAGGAAACCCAGAAUUUCCUCAGGCACAAGUUUGGCACACGGACCACGGACCUCAGGAGAAUUGUUUCUAUUGCUAGAGGCUAUGAAGAGUUUUCUUCAAGUGUUCCAAAUGAAUUCUUCUACAAUAAAUAACAAGAGAUGUUAAAGAAACUUUGGCUAUCCACUUUGGCCUAUGAACCGGCAGAAGCAACCCUAUCAUUGCUGCAUGUUCGGUAGGUAUUUCAUUUAUGAAGAAAUUAAGCCCUUGGCCUACUGUUAUGGUUCACACUGUAGCUUACACUAAUCCAUCUGACAUCGAACAUUGCUGAACGAAUACCAUUGUAGAAGCGUCAAACAAAUUUAGCGUCACCGGCGUAGAAAUAUGUAAACAAAGAGCAGAACAUAAAACGGAAGAGCAUAUAACUUUUCUUGGGAGCACAAAGAAAAAGAAAGAAAAAAACGAGAGCAAAGUGUGAAAAGCAAAUCUUGAGAGAGGGUGCGUAUUUUCAUAAAAAUCUUCUCUCAACUAUUUGUUUGUGCGUCUCAAUACAGGGUUUAUGAGUUUGGGGAUUUAAAAUAUAUUCAGUAUCAUAAAUAUUAAAUGAACUAAAUAGACAGACGACAUGUAUGGCGGGAAGUUCUAUCACCUGAUGUCAAAAUAGCAUUUUAUUAAACUUUUAAUAUUGUUACUACAUCUCAAACCCUGCACAUCUUAAUGUCGGCUGAAUCUGUAUGAAAACAAGAUGAGAAAGAGAGAGCAAGAGAGAGAGAGCCAGCACGAAUAAAGCAACAUCGAGAGAGACGAAGAGCAAACUCAAUGCAACCCUCCUCGUCCUCGGUAAAAAUCAUUAUAUUUGUGUUACGUGCUUUUGCGUUCAGUUGCGCUGGAAGAGUUGCGUUGCGUAUCGUGACAGAGUCGGACGUUGAAAUUACGUACGGGAAGCCAAGCGUUUAUAGGUACGACCAAAACCGGCUAAACUGUUGUCCGGGACUGUGUGGUGUGCAGAUUUUGAUAGGCAAUAAAUAAAGCAAGCUGCAGUUUUCAAAUGUUUGAACUCUUGUCUUAAUAAGUUAAGAAAAAACGCAGCAAUUAUUGCGUGGUAUUGGAAAACAAACUUUUCGGAAGAUAGAACAGUGGCCAAAUAUAAGAAAAACGUCUUCACCAUAAGCAAGUGUUGUUUUUCAGCAGAUUAAAGCCACAAUCAAUAUAAACUGCAUCGGGUUGUGAAGCUAAUGUUAUUAACAGAUUGAAUAGAAGAGCAAAAAAAACAGCGCAAGAAAGAAAAGAUUGUGAAAAGAAAAUUAAAUCAUCUCUUCUGUGCGCCAGUACAACAAAGGAGGGAUGAAGUUUUAGAAGGCAGCGAAGGCGAAAUAGCAAUAACAGGCAGCAUCUUCCUGGUCGUUCGUGCCGGUGGUUGUGUGUGCGUGCGCGAAUGUGUAUGUGAAAUCGUUCAGGUUUGCCAAAAAGUGCAUCAAAAUGCAGCACAACCGUUCAUCGUCAUUGUCGAUGUUGUGCUUGUCGUGCUGCAGUGCAUUGUCCAGUGUUUGAUAAGACGAAGCGAGAUGCAUUAAUUCACCCGUGUGCAUUCGUGUGCAGCAUCCGAUGCAGUUUGAUUGUCUGGGCUAAGGUGUGUGAUAGAGGCAUUGGCGGUACCGGUAGAUCAGUGGAAAAGGAAUUGUUUCGGCAGUGCAGCGGAGUUGUCGGUGUUCAGAAUUUGUUGAAAAAGUGUGUGUUUUUCUCGCUUCCGAAAACGAAAGAAAGUGCAUAGUGCUGUCGGUGUGUAGGGUAGCACGACGCUGAGCCAAAAUGGCCCGGUGCACAGCAAUGCAAUCGAAAGCAGGAACAGUGAUUUGUAGAAUGACGAGAUUGAAUUGGUCGUUGCUAUUGGUGUUGCUGGUGCAGUUCACUUUCGCUACGGUUCGGUGCGAGUUUCAGUUCACCGUGACGCCCCAGAACCGGCAGGUGUUUGAAGGUGAACCGGUCACAUUCGAGUGUCGGGCACUGUUUGACGAUGAGAUCGAUUUUUCGUGGACGAAAAAUGGUGUCCCUGUUCCGGUACACGAGCGACUAAAUUUCGGCACACCGCAGCGCAUUUACCAGAGCGGUUCCAAUCUCCAUAUCCGGGCAGUCAACGGGACGCUGGAUCAAGGCGACUACGUGUGUUUGGCUACGGCACGAGCGUCGGGAGCCCGUGUCGCAUCACCCGCUGCUACCUUGGACGUUAUCGGAAUUUUACCACCGGUCGUUCAGCUGCUCAAGCACGAUCCGGAUCGUGGAAGCAUUUCGCUCAAAUGUCACUCAAGCCAGGAAGCCAUCACCGAAGUCAUCAACAGCGAUGGCAAAUCGUCUGAAGAGACUCACGUCGAAUGGUACAGGAACGAGAUAAAGCUCACGAAAUCACCCCACAUCGAGCUGCAGCGCCGGAAGCUGCACAUAAAAAACGCAUCAGCGAAGGAUAAUGGCGUGUACAGCUGCAUGUUGGUGGUGGUGUCCCGCACGGAUGGUAGCCGACGGAUCGCACUACGUAGUACGAAGAACUAUCGGCUCAAGCUGAAACCAGGAACCAAUUAUGGCGAGGGGAAAAUCGAUUGUACCAAGAACCACAACUUGCUGCUAUGCCGUGGAAAGCGGGGCGACCGCCAGUUGGGUUCGUUGGCCGACGCCGCUACGGACCGUUCACUGUUACCGAUGAGUGAUGAAGCGCUGGUUCCGGCUGAGCUUCAGCUGGCGACCGAACGGCAAUCGCUUACUGCUGCUGGCCCUGCACCGGUUCGUAUCGUGCUGCAUCCGGUCACGACGGUCGUUAAUGAGAGCCAACCGGUAGUGUUUAACUGUGGCUUCCGGAUCACGGGCAACGAAAGCAGCGGCGGAGGGUUUGUCCUUCGCUGGCGCAAAGAUGGGAAAGUGAUCCGCCGUUGGGACAAUAUGGCGGAGACUAGUACGGUGACGAUGGACGAUAUGGUUACCAUGGCCGGAGCUACGGAAAGCAGCUCCAUGUUUCGGGAUGAUGCCCGCAUUCACGUGGACCGUACGAAUGGGUCGCUUGUGUUUGGAUCGGUCGUGGCCAGCGACGAAGGGACGUACGACUGUCAGAUAACGAACAAUGCCAGUGACUUUCUGGUCAGCUCAACGGCAGCGGAAUUGCAAAUCAUUUCAAACCUUCGCUUCACACCGAAACCACCAACGACCAAAAAUAUCGAGCUCGGAACCGUUGCCAAAAUUCACUGCAAGGCGCAGGGUACACCGACUCCUACCGUGCACUGGACGGUAGUAACCGAGGCCGGUCCUUCGGGUUUACCCGACUCGAUCGACGACGUAAACGGUACGCUAGUGUUCCGUAACGUGUCCGCGGAACAUCGGGGAAACUAUGCGUGUGUCGCAUCGAACAGUCAGGGUGAGAUACGGGCGAGCGUGUCGGUGAAUGUGGUCAUUGCACCGAAGUUUGAGAUUGCACCGGAAGGUUCGGUGCAGGUGGCCGAGCUCGGCACGGUACAGUUUCAUUGCGUUGCAACCGGUGACCCAAAACCGACCAUUCAGUGGGACAAGGAUUUGCAGUACCUUCAUGGACGGGCGGACAGUGCGAAUGGGAGCGAGGAGGAACGUUAUCGUAUCCUGGAGAAUGGAACACUCGUGCUGACGGAAGUACAUCUGGAGGAUGAUGGACGGUACGGUUGUACCAUUGGCAACAGUGGUGGUUUGAAGCGAGAGGAGGUGCAUUUGAUUGUGAAACCAUCCGAUGGUAUCGUCCUGCCGGAAGAGUCAACGGAAGAUGGGUUCCUUAUAACGCGUGCCGUUCUUAUCACCAUGUCGGUUGCAUUUGCGUACAUCAUUCUGGUUGUGGGUCUUAUGAUUUGGUGCCGUCAUCGUCGGGCUGCCCGUAAAGCUCGUCUAAAUUUGGGUUCGUCCAAGGAAAAUGGAGGCGAUGUCGAUCUGAAGAACUGCGAGAUUGAGCCGUGUCUGCCGGACAAAACGUCGGCAGCUGGUGCGGAGAAUGGUGGAGUUGGUGCCAGCUCUGGACGUUCGAGAAGCAAGCAAAAGAAUGGAUCCGCCGGUGGAAAGGAUCCGUCCUCGAACUGUCCCGACAACGGGCAGGACAAGAGUGAUGAUACGGUAAAUUCGAGCAAAUCGAAGAAAUCUUCCGGGUCGGGAUCGUUGCUGGAGCAGCUAGCUGUACCACGGUCUGCGGUCGUCGAACUGUUGCAGAUUGGGAAAUGUGACUUCGGCGAUGUGUACAUUGGCAAGAUGCGGGAGAACGAUUGCCGAUUGCCACCGCCCAAAGAAAGUGCAACACAGGAACCGAUCGCUGGUGACGAAGUAGGCCCGUCCAGUGCGGAGCUAACGACGGAGAAUGAGCGCAAAAGUCCCGUGUCGAAACGACCCUCGAAUGAGGAACUGAAUGCAAUUCGACCAGAGAAUGACUAUAAGCCAGUUAUGGUGAAGGCACUGACGAAGGUGAAGGAUGAACACUGUUGCACCGAGUUCCGUCGUCAGCUGGAACUGUUCCGUACGGUUUCCCACCGGAAUGUGGUGCAGCUGUUUGGUCUGUGCCGGGAAAAGGAUCCACACUAUCUGCUGCUGGAGUACACCGAUUGGGGAGACUUGAAGCAAUUCCUCUUGGCUACCUCACCGAUCACGCCACCCAAUGGAACUGUUGACAACAACAAGAAGGAUGUCGCCACGAAACCACCGCCACUUAACGUGCCACAGAUUCUUGCCCUAGCGCACCAAAUCGGACGCGGAAUGGACGCAAUCUAUAAGGCUCGCAUUAUACACAAGGAUCUGGCAACCAGGAACUGUAUCAUUAGCAGUGACUUUUCGGCCAAAAUCUCAAUGCCUGCGUUGGCGCGCGAUAAGUAUAGCAAGGAGUACUGCAAACAUCGAAACCAGCUAAUGCCGAUCCGUUGGAUGGCACCGGAAUGCUUCCAGGAGGAUGAUUACUCCAUCAAGAGUGACAUUUUCUCGUUUGCGGUGCUGAUCUGGGAACUGUUCACCAAUGCGAUCGAGCUGCCAUUUAAGGAGCAAACGGACGAGCAGAUAAUUACUGCCGCCCAGACGGGCAAGCUCGAAUGGAAGGUGGCAGACAAAACGCCCGAGGCGUUACACAAGAUAUUGACUUCCUGCUGGUCGGCGAACCCGAAAGAACGACCCUCGUUCAGUCAGCUGGUCGUAGCCAUUGGAAACUGUCUGCAAAGCGAAUAUCCGAAGGAACCGACGGAAUAAGCAACCGAGGUUGUGCUACCGAGGUGUGUCCAUAGAAUCGAAUCAUCAUCUUAUACAACGAGGUAUUAUUCAAAUGCAUCUCUUUUUUGUACUAUAUACAUCUACUACCGUAAAGUAUGAUACACGGUACAUUAAUUCAUUAAACCAACAAUGACUAGUAGCUGGAGGAAAUGGCUUGAUUAGAAGGAAGGAAGGCAAACCAUUGAUGUGGUACUGAUAGGACCGUACCGCCAUAAGAAGUACUGCGAAAGGAAGAUGUGAUAGCAAAAGCUAUUCGUCCGACGUUUUCUUCCAUUACAUUUGAUACAAACGAUCAACCACAGAUAGGGCGCGUACAUGAACGAAUAAGAUAACAAAUGUAGGGUUUAGGUUAGGAGGUAUUUAGUGGAAAUAUUUAUACACAUACAAUUUUCGCUCCGCACUCACUGAACAAAUGGCCAAUAGGUUCGAAACGUUGACGGGAACCUAGGAAUCUGGCCAUUAAAAAAGGAAAAGGACAUUUCUCGACAUUAACUACUGCCAGUUCAAAUCACUGCCGGACUGUGAACGACAAAACGGAUGGUCUGCAAAGUAUGCAAAGGUAUGAUCGAACCAACACACGAAAUGCAUUACCACAGUACAGUAUACACUACGCAAAUCGUUUAUCAUCAUCACGUAUCUUAUCAAAUAGACAUUAUUGUUCGCUUUUUGAACGUAACAACUAUACAGCAAAAUAUUAUGGUACAAGUGUAUUACUUCCCGUGUCAUAACUCUGCUGGGGUUGCGCCCGAUAUCAUGCAAAAUGUCGUCUAUAAUUUAAAAUUCCGGAGUCUAACGGAUGAGUGAAGAUCGAAAAGGACAUUAGGCGCACGUAUCCAAAAAACAUGAAACAACGGUCGAGAGAAGUGAUACACUUCAGCCAAAUAAAGUUCUCCCAAAAUAUCGCUAACAGGUGUUUUUGCUUACCUAUUAUGGUAAGUGGUUAAAAAAACCCAUUUCAUAAAAUAUGCUUUACGCCGUGGGGGACACAAAAACACACUUUAGAACCAAGCACAAGUUUAUACUCAUAUACAUAUACUUACCACAAAACAGAAAUAUCUUAACUUCAGCAUUCAGCAUAGAGACCAGCUUAAGGGAAGAACCCGCUUUGAUCGUUUGCUUUAUCGUGCUCUAUAAUAUGCGCGAUUUAGAGGUAUUUGCCCCCUCGAAUAUAUUCUGUAUGAAGCGUUCGAUUGGUGGCGCGAAAAACUAUAACACCAGAAUUGCAUUUAUUACAUGUAAAAGUAAACCAUUCACUCUGUCCUUCCGUCGCUUCUGGCGACGAAGCAAAACGGUCAGUUUCGUUCUUCUGGUUUUGCUUGGUGAUUUCAGUUUGGCAGUGUUGAACCCGAUAGUAAAGCAACGUUUAAUAUAUUCUCAUUUGUACAUAUAUAAUGGUUCGCAACCAAUGGCAUUAGGCAUUAGGCAGUCGAGUUCUUAGGUGCACAAAUAAGAGACCGACCGGCUUAAUACUGUAAAGAGCUACUCCAUAUCGAUUUGCCAAAAAGGAUAAAGGUUUCUUUUGGUUGUAGCACCAGACCGAUGUAUGUCGAUCGAUACAUCUCCAAUAGUUAACGUGCGUUAACUGUGCCGCUCUAGAUUAAACGGUAUUGCUCCGCUGCACGCGGAAUGGGACAAGGAACACUUAGUUGUGCAUCUAAUAAAUUCAAAAUUCUAAUUAUUAAUAUAAUAUAUUUUUCCUGUAAUUAAGAUUAGCGAGCGAAAAAAAACUACCGUACCGUUACUACAACGUUGUAAGGCGCUGUUGCAAAUCAGAUAAAAUGAGUUUGAAAUGAAAAUUGGAAAAAAAGAGAUUGUAUGUUUAAAAUCUAGUCAUUUACAGCAUGGUUUUUAUUUUACUCUGUUGCCCUACACUGAAACACAAUUCGCGCCGUAUGCCAUAUUGAGCUAGAUUUUAAAAUGGUUUCAAUGCAAAUGACCGAUACCGAUGCACCGGAAAACAAAGGAUCAGUUAUCAGUUGUGGAUAUACAGAAUCUGAAGAACCACACCAUAAGACUUUUUCGUAAUGGUUAGUGUUUGAUUGCCCAGUUUAGAAAGGACAUAAUAUAAUUUUAUGAUAAAAUUAAUAACUUACCGGGGAGGGUUCCGUAUUCAGUAAUGUGAGCAGCCAGUUAGCAGAGAUUGAUUGUGUGUGUGUAUUUGCGGUAACAUUGAUCUUACAUCACCGUUACAUUGCAAAUCACACAUUAAAUUCCGAUGGAAAGCACUUGCAAGCUAAUUAUAAGAAGAAAGAGAAACAGAAAUGUGAAAGCGUGAGAUGUUUGCUUUUGUUUCUAAUUGUGUUAUUACGAGAAGGCAGAAGAAAAACAAAAGCUCUAAGCAUUGGAAAAAACAAAAAAACCCGCAAAUCGUGAUGUGAAAAACCAGAAAUCAAUAAAAUUUAACAUUAUCUAAAACAGUAA